AUGAUUGUCUUGCAUGCAGAAUUUAUGCAAAUGUCCCGAAUCCCGGGUAAUUUGUUGUGACUAUAAAAGGCUGGUAAUUUGGCCAGUACAAGUAUCAUUUUCUCUUGGAUUCUUCCGGCGAUAGGAGAUAAACGUUCCAACAAUGAAAAUCUUUAUUGCUUUGUGCGCCCUGGUGGCCGUGGCAACUGCUGAUGUCAGCCAUUUGAGCAGCGAAUACUUGCCACCUCAUGAAGGUCAUGCCUCAGCUCCUGUAGCUUCCUAUAGUGCUCCUGCUGUUUCCGCUUCAUACUCGGCCCCAGCUGCUUCGUAUUCUGCCCCCGCUGCUUCGUACUCUGCACCAGCUGUUGCUUCUUACUCUGCUCCAGCUGCUGCCGCUUCCUACUCCGCCCCAGCAGUCGCCUCCUACUCCGCCCCAGCAGCCACCUCCUACUCGGCCCCUGCCGCAACCUACAGCGAAUCUUAUGACACCGGUGCUUCUGCUCCUGCCCACACCUUCUCCUCCGCCGAAGGUUACAAAUACAAGACCAACCGUCGUCGCGUCUAUCGUCGCCGUCAUCGCCGUGAUGUAAGCACCGAAUACUUGCCACCCUUCCAAGGUGCUGGUUCUGCUCCAUCCAGUGAAUACUUGCCACCAGCUGCUUCUGCUCCAGCUCCAUCAUUCGCUGCUGCCCCAGCUGCUUCAUACUCUGCCCCAGCUGCUACCUAUUCCGAAUCUUAUGACACUGGUGCUUCGGCUCCAGCUCACUCCUUCUCAUCGGCCGAUGGUUAUCGUUACAAGACCAACCGUCGUCGUGUCAUUCGUCGUCAUCGUCGUUUCUAAGCUGGGAAUGGGAAGAAUUCUUUUCCGAAAAAAAUUGUUUAGCUAGCUGAAAGCCUUGAAAUCUAAUAAAGAAAAAAUUUAAUUAAAAAAA